GGGCUGCAGAUUGAACUCCCUCGCGAGGCCCGCAGCGCUGCGCCAUUCGGAGCGGGACCUGGCCCCACCCCGCUCCUGGAGCGUGACCCCUUGCGGCGACGCGGUCCGUUGGGGCAAACCAUGGAAGAAAAGCCUUUCAAAGCGUCUUUGGGUAGCCAUGGCUCAGACGACUCGAGCCCAGACAACGACAUCCGGAAUCUGUGGACCAGGGCCACGCUGUCGCAGCCGGAGCUGAAUGUGCCGCGGUCCAAGAUCUGCGAUGACUCGGACGCGGAGGGCAGCAGCCUGGGCAGCAAGACUCGCCAGUGGUACAGUCGGAAGGCCGGCCGCGAGUCGGAUGGUGGUUGGGAAGAAUGGGAGGACGGAGAGGACAAGGACGGCUUCAGGCGGGAGGGUCUCCACGAGCACUUGUCUUUGGAGAUGGAGCUGCGUCGGGGCAGCAUCCUGGGAAGCCAUCUGGAGGAAGACGUCGAUUCCAAGACCGAGAGCGAAGUAUCUUCCUCAGAGUCAUCGCUCAGUAUCUCGAAGCACACACCCCAUCGAGCCUACUGGAUAGAGCAGCAGAACAGGCUGCCACUGCCUCUGAUGGAAGUCAUGGAGAAUGAAGCUCUGGAAAUCCUCACCAAAGCCCUCUGGAGCUACCGGUCAGGGAUUGGCCGGGAUCACUUCCUGACCAAGCAGCUGCAGCGAUACAUCGAGGGGCUCAAGAGGCGUCGGAGCAAGAGGCUGCACCUCGUAACGUAUUGAGAACGCCGCUUCCGGCUCAAGUGACCGACAGCCCGACUCCAGCCCCCCGCCCCUGUCCCGUCCCCAGACCCAAGCCUGACCCCGUCCACGUGGAAUUUGAGUCCUAAAGAAAUAAAAGACUGUGCACGGUC